AUGAUGACUGCCAAGACCGUAGACAAAAUUCCAGUAACUCUCAGUGGUUUUGUGCAUCAGCUAUCCGAAAACAUUUACCCUGUGGAUGACAUCGCUACCACAUUGCCAACUUCGGUCACAAUCUUCCCCAAUGCUGACUUAGGAGGACCGUUUGACCAGAUGAGCAGUGUGACAGGAGAUGGAAUGAUCAAUAUUGACAUGAGUGACAAGAGGUCCCUGGAUCUGCCUUAUGCCAGCAGCUUUGCCCCAGCAGUUUCUGCUUCCCGCAAUCAGACUUUUACCUACAUGGGCAAAUUCUCCAUCGACCCUCAGUACCCAGGAGCCGGCUGCUAUCCGGAGGGGAUCAUUAACAUCGUGAGCGCUGGGAUCCUGCAGGGGGUCAGCACCCCCUCUUCAUCGGCCACUUCUUCCUCCACAGCAUCUUCUGCCUCCCCCAACCCGCUGGCCAGCAGCGCUCUGAGCUGCAGCAUGGCUCAGAACCAGCCCGGAGACCUGGAGCACCUGUACUCACCUCCGCCUCCCUACUCGGGCUGCGGGGAGCUCUACCAGCAGGACCCCUCCUCCGCUUUCCUGCCCGCCUCGGCCGGGGGCUCUCUGCCCUACCACCCGCCCCCGUCCUACCCUUCCCCCAAAGCGGCCGCGGACGGCGGGAUCUUCUCUAUGAUCCCGGAUUACCCGGGUUUCUUCCCGCCCGCCCAGUGCCAGCGGGAGCUGCACGCCCCGCCCGAGCGCAAGCCCUUCCCGUGCCCCCUGGACUCCCUCAGGGUCCCGCCGCCGCUCACGCCGCUCUCCACCAUCCGCAACUUCACCCUGGGCGGGCCGGGGGCCGGGGCAGCAGGGGGAGGCGGGGAAGGCGGCCGGCUGCCCGCCAGCGCCUACAGCCCGCACAACUUGCCCCUGCGGCCCAUCCUGCGGCCCCGCAAGUACCCGAACCGGCCCAGCAAGACGCCGGUGCACGAGCGGCCCUACCCGUGCCCGGCCGAGGGCUGCGACCGCCGCUUCUCCCGCUCGGACGAGCUAACGCGGCACAUCCGCAUCCACACCGGCCACAAGCCCUUCCAGUGCCGCAUCUGCAUGCGCAACUUCAGCCGCAGCGACCACCUCACCACCCACAUCCGCACGCACACGGGCGAGAAGCCCUUCGCCUGCGACUUCUGCGGCCGGAAGUUCGCCCGCAGCGACGAGAGAAAGCGCCACACCAAGAUCCACCUGCGCCAGAAGGAGAGGAAGGGCGCUGCCGCCCCCUCCUCCUCCAGCGGGGCCAGCGCCCAGGCCGCGCCCCCGCCAGGCGCCGUGUGCGGCAGCAGCAGCGCCGCCGGCUCGGGGAGCCUGGCUGCCUGCGCCUCCAGGACCAGGACGCCCUGA